CAAUCCCACGGGAACUCGGACACGCCUGCCGGUGAGCACGUGUUAUCCCACGUGGCGACGCGAGACAUGCGAACGCACCGAUUAAUUGCACUGGAUGACCAUUGUAUAGGCACACAGCAGCCGCAGGAGCUGACGGAUAGCGUGUUUCUCGAUCACCUGCGUGCAGGGGGAGGCGCAUGUGUCACAGGCGACUACGGUGUUACCAUACGUUUGCCGUCCCUGAUGGAACGGCUGGAGACGUAUGUGAGCACGCGCAUAGAUCAACACCGUGACCUUGCCCCGCUGAUAGCACUGUCGUGGCUAAUUAAGGGUCUGUUGAACACCCACCUAACCAGUGACACUGACAAACUGCGGUGUAGCGUGAUGCUGAAACAGCUGACAGAUAAAACGUUAACUAAUACGGAGCCGACCUCUGGUAGUCCCGCAGCCGUUACUAUGCCGUUCGGGCAUGCCUCAGAAUCCAUCUCUGCACAUAACACCACGCAGUCAUCCGAAACAGUGCCGAUACAAGUGAGAAACACCCAUUCUCGCGAACCCUGUACACAAGAGGCACUCGGGCGAUCGUAUGAAGCUCUUGAUGAGGCGCUGCGUUUAACCAACCAGGUGCUGAGCCAUCCCGACACUAGGGAUGUCUCUGCCAAUGAUAUGGGACGCCAUCGUCUUCUGAAAAAGCACUCUACUCUCGUGAGGAGGUAUGGGGUAUGA